GGGGGGCGGUGCGGCUUCCGGUCCCGGCUCGGCCUCCGACCCAGGUGGUCUGGAGCCUGCCGGGAGAGUGUUGGCAUCUCAGAGGCUGGUUGCGGACGGGGGUUGGGGGAGGUGGGAGCUGUUUUAACCGUCUCCCCCCUCUCCUGUGCCGGCGUGGGCAUCCCCUGGGGCGGCGGAACGGGGGCCCUCCUCCAGCUUCCGAGUCCAGCCAGCCUGGGCGCGGGGCGCCGCCCCCGAGACACCCGAGGAGUCCGCUCUUCCCUGAUUACGUGGACGGUGGAGCCGGCCUCUUGUGGUUCAGCGCCGCGCGGAGGUUGACGCGUACCUGCGGAGGUCGCACCUGGGCGUGAGGAGGAGGAGGAGGAAGGGCAUGAGCCGAGCUUGAGGAAUCUGAGUUCCAAACUCUACACUCAAGAUAAGAAGUUCAGAGAGGUUGAGUGAUUUGCUUAAAGUCACAGAGCAAGAUGUAGAUGAGGGUGGCCCUUGGGUAGGGUGAAGAUCCCUUGUCUUUAUCCUUGUUCCCCACCUUGGUGUGGGUUACUGGGUGCAGGAUGAACUGUCGCUCGGAGGUGCUGGAGGUGUCGGUGGAGGGGCGACAGGUGGAGGAAGCCAUGCUGGCUGUGCUGCACACGGUGCUCCUGCACCGCAGCACGGGCAAGUUCCACUACAAGAAGGAGGGCACCUACUCCAUUGGCACCGUGGGCACCCAGGAUGUUGACUGUGACUUCAUCGACUUCACUUACGUGCGCGUCUCUUCUGAGGAACUGGAUCGUGCCCUGCGCAAGGUUGUCGGGGAGUUCAAGGAUGCGCUGCGCAACUCUGGUGGUGAUGGGCUGGGGCAGAUGUCCUUGGAGUUCUACCAGAAGAAGAAGUCUCGCUGGCCUUUCUCAGACGAGUGCAUUCCAUGGGAAGUGUGGACGGUCAAGGUACAUGUGGUAGCCCUGGCCACGGAGCAGGAGCGGCAGAUCUGCCGGGAGAAGGUGGGUGAGAAACUCUGCGAGAAGAUCAUCAACAUCGUGGAGGUGAUGAAUCGGCAUGAGUACUUGCCCAAGAUGCCCACACAGUCGGAGGUGGAUAACGUGUUUGACACAGGCUUGCGGGACGUGCAGCCCUACCUCUACAAGAUCUCCUUCCAGAUCACUGAUGCCCUGGGCACCUCGGUCACCACCACUAUGCGCAGGCUCAUCAAAGACACCCUUGCCCUCUGAGCCUCGCCGGAUCCCUGGGAGCUCCUUGAUGGCUCCCAGACCUUGGCUUUUGGGGAUUGUACUAUUGGGCCUUUGGCUCUGCUGCCUGCUUGGGGUUGUUGGUGAGACUUGGAAGGGGCAGCCCCCGCUGGCUUCUUGGUUUUGUGGUUGCCAGCCUUUGGUCAUCCUUUUAAUCUUUGCUGACAGUUCAGUCCUGUCUGUACUGUGUCUCCAUAGCCCUGGUGUGGUCCCCCUUCUUUCUCCACUGUACAGAAGAGCCACCACUGGGAUGGGGAAUAAAGUUGAGAACGUGAGUUUGGGCUGA